GGCCCGUCCGCCGGGCGAACGCCUCGCGGAGUCACCCCGCCCCCGCCCGCCUUUCCGGUCUGGGCCGCGCCGCGCGCUCACGUGGCUGGAGGGCGGCGGCACGGAGGCUCAGCCCCGAAACCCCUUAAAACAGGAUCAGAUGUAUGCUUUUAACAAUGGAAGAACAAGAGAUCUCAGCAAGAAGUGCAAGACAGAUUUAAUAAUCUUUUAAAGUCCUGACAAGCAACUACUUCAACAGCAGCGUACUUAGAAAAAAAGUCAGAUGGGGUGUCAAGAAAGGCCCCACUGAGAAGGCAACUCGGAAGGAAGGACCCCAAGGAGAUACCCUGUUUUUCCUUAUGGUAAAGACAGCAUCUGGCUGAUGAGUGGAGUGGCAAGGUCGCCCAGUGCGGCAGAGGUGCAGACCUGGGAAACUGAGGAUGAUGACUUGGCAGACGGUGACUUAGGGUAUGGCCUUGGAAGGAGGCCUGGCGGUAUUUGUGAAGUUCAAGUUUCACAUUUAUUUACAUCUAGAAAAAGAUCGGAUGGAAAGAGCUUUAGCCCUCCUCCAUUUCCAAGAAAGGGGGAAGAAAGGAGUGGUGCUAUUUUUCAGUAUUCCAAGCAUAACAGCUUGCAAGGUGCAUACUCUGAAGGGUCCGGAAUUUCCCAUUACAGACGACAAAGUAGCACUGAUUCUAAUUCAGAACUGUCAAAUGUAGAAUUAAGACAACUUCUUCAUGAAACUUUAGAGGAGGUAGAAAUUUUAAAAACUGAACUUGAGGCAUCUCAAAGACAACUUGAAGGUAAAGAGGAAGCAUUAAAAAUCCUUCAAAGUAUGGCAGUAUUCGGCAAAGCUACAAGCCAUACCCAGGCAGUGCUUCAAAAAACUAUGGAGCAAAAGAGAUCCUUGGAGAAGGAAAUAAAUGCCUUGCAGUGGGAAAUAGAAUUUGAUCAGAAUAGAUUUAAAAAUAUAGAGGAAACGUGGACCCUAAAAUAUGACAGGCUAAACUGUGAAAAUGCAGUCCUCAAAGAAACUUUGAAACUGAAAACAGAAGAAACUAAAAUGUUCAAGUCACAAAAUGCAAUCUUGAAUCAGCAAUACUUAGAGGCCCUUGCCAUGCUUGAUAUCAAACAGCUGAAGAUGGCUCAGGAAAAUGUGUGUCAUGAUAAAAGUGGCUUUACAGAGAUUUCAGGACUUGAGCGUGCAGUCCUCGGAGCCUGCCUUUGCUGUGGCCCUGGAGGGAGCCCCUGCACCUGUGCCAAAAUGGCGGCAUCCUCUCGGAAAAUGCUUCUUCAGCUCAGACAAGAGUUGGGACUUUUGCAGAAAAGUAAAGAAGAAGCUUACAUAAUGGCAGAUGCUUUCAGGAUUGCAUUUGAGCAACAAUUAAUGAGGAAAAAUGACCAGGCACUAAGAUUGACACAAACGGAUGUAAUGUGUAAAAAAGCAACAAAAUGGAUAAAUUGGAACCCCCUUGAAGAGGGAUUGCCAUCACAAAGAAGAAAGAAGACCUUAGGGCAGAAACUGUUGGGUAUGCUCCCUUCAGAGCACAGUUCUAAGAGGACUGCAGACCAGGAUAAUCCACAAGAAGUCUUUAAAAUGCUAAUAGAUUUGUUAAAUGAUAAAGAAGAAGCUUUGGCUCAUCAAAGAAAAGUUAGUUACAUGCUUGCUCGGGCACUGGAAGACAAAAACACCAACUCAAAAGAAAAUAAAGAAAAAAAUCCUAUGAAAGACAAUUUUCCAUUUCAAAACCCCUGGCAGAAAGCUUCAGAAUACUCUGCCAGAAUUUUGCAUGAUCCUGUGCAUUCAAGUGUUCAAAUUUUAAAUUCUGUGGGCUGCAUUUGUUCAAUUCAGCACCUUCACACAGACCAAAAUUACACAAGAACUCGUAAAAGAGCCCAUUCUUUGCCAUCAAAUAUCAUGUUUUAA